CAGGCAGGUGCUGCUGGGCGGCUGCAGCUUCCCAUGGCAGCUCCUGACCAAGCUCCAUGAGCUACAGGACGCGUUUCCCACGGUUCAUCCGCAGCUCCCAGGACGCGCGGGCGCUGUUCGAGGAGCAGCGCAGGGAGCUGGAGGCACUGCUAGCCCAGUGGCAAUGGGAACAGGGGCCCUUCCCGCUGCUCCAGGCUGAGCUGCCGCUGCAGCCAGGACUGCUGGGGGGGAGGAAUUCUCCCCAGCACCGCAGAGUGCAGAGGCCAGACAUGGACAGUGGAGGGGAAGAGGAUGAUGAGGACACGGGACGGCACAGCCGCAGCCCCACGGGGCUGGGAAGCAGCAGAUCCACGGCCAUGGCCUGGUUCAUCCCCAGGGAAGUGGUGAUCACAAACCCCCUGGGGGCCGACAGCAGCAGCAGCAGCAGCAGCAGCAGCAGCCUCCUGGAGCUGGCACGGAGCAUCCCCACGCCCGACCCGUGGUGGGGCCCGGUCAGAGCACCCCCCCGGCAGCGGGUGCCCCCACGCAGGGCCCGCAGCUGGGCACCACAACGGUUCCUGGGGAAACUCCACGCCCAGCUGAGGGGAUUCCUGGGACCCUGGUGGAGCUGCCACGUCCCUUCCUGCCAGUGCCCCCACCCCGUCCCUCCCUGCCAGUGCCACCGUCACGCCCGCCCCUCCCGGGUCCGCUUCCUCUGAUGUCCUGGUGCUGGUGGCACUGCUGGGCCCAGAAGAGCAAGAGGUUUCAAUCCUGAGACACCAGGGCUUGUCCAAGCCACGAAGAACAUCCUGGGUUGGUCAGGCAGGACCUGACCCUCACAAUUCCCCCCUGGGCAGGACUCAUCCACUGGCACCUCAGGCUUUUCCUCACUCUUUGGCUCUACAUUCCCCCCAGCAAUUAAAAAAA